AGUCAGUUCCCAGAUGGAUGGGAGAGUGUAUGUUUGAGCGAAUUAUGGAGAAAAGAAAGGAUCCGGUAUUUCUGGAGAGGUCAGAAAAAGCGAAGAAGAACAGGAGGGGUGGCUCCCUGUCUAAUCCAAUUGAGCCGUCACACUUCCAAGGUUCUAUCUCUGCAUCAAAGCAUGCAAAGAAAAUGGCUCAGAAAGCCGGUGGAGUGCUUCCAACUGCUCCUGAGGUGUUCCUAAAGACACAUUUCAAGGAAGUUCCAGGAAAAGGGAAAGUUGCGGCUAACAAGAGGGCACAACAAAUCUCGGAAGCCUACCAAAAGAAGCUUGACGAGUCUUCCACUCAAGAAGGGUCACAACCGGACCCUAACCAGCUAUACUGGGAGGUCGUUGGUGGUAGGAAAAAGGGUGUAGUGAAGGGCCUAGGUGCAAGUGCUAGUUUGUUUUACACCCCCUCUUCCGAGAAAGGCUCGCAAUCGUACAAUCCUUCUAUAGCUUCACAGUUGUAG